AGUGCGGGCAUGCUGGAGCGGGCGCGGGCCACCGGCCUCUACCGGGAGCUGCGGUGCUGUGUCCUGGGCAGGGAGUCCCUGCCCGGGCCUGCAGACCACUACGAUGCCGUGAUGGUGGUGGGAGCGCUUGGCGAGGGGCAGGUGCCCUGCUCUGCUGUGCCGGAGCUGCUCCGUGUCACCAAGCCAGGAGGUUUUUUGUGCCUGACAACGAGGAGCAAUGUUUCAAACCUGCGGUACAAGGCUGAGCUGCAGGGAGUGCUGGACAGCCUGGAGCAGCAAGGCGCGUGGGAGAAGGUCUCGGCCCGGGAAGUAGACCAGUGGGAGAGGGCCACAUCUAAGGAGGAGAGCACUCAGGGCACAGGCUACAUCUCUGGGGUGGUCUAUGUCUAUCGAAAGCGUCCGGUCACGCCUGUCGAGGAGGAUUAAGGGUCCGAAAUGGCUUGGGGAAGGGAGGUUGAGCAUUUGGCCCUUGUAACAUCUCACACUGUUUUGUGUGCCUUCCACCCUACUCAGCCAAGCAACCCCUUCCCAGAGCAAGGCCUCAGCUGUGGGGGGGAUGAUAUUUCUGGGGUGCCAUCAGAACUUUGAACCUCCUGCAUUCAGCACUUCCUCACAUCGCCUGCCUGUCUGAGCGCUUUGUUCUUGGAGGUCUGUCCCCUUCUUCCCCAGCUUGCAGAUGUGCUCCUUUGCUAGAGCCUCUUCUGUAGCUCAUCUGAACUCUGCCCAGCUCAUAGCCCUGAAAUGGUUCCUGUUGACUCCUGAGGAACUGCUCACUGCCAAAACUUCCCUUGUUCACCUUCACUGGCUCCUUCCAUGGGGUCAGAGCCUUGGGGACAUUGACUGCUCCUCAGCUUGGGGAGGCUCUCCAAGUUUCACUGGGUAUCCUAGGCUUUAGCUCUGAUGUUCAUGUGUCUUCUGCAGCACCUUGGUUCCCAUCCUUGCUGUGACAUCUCUCAGAUCUGUCUGGCUGCGUAGAGCUGUCUCCUGUCUGGGUUCUGUCUUCACCGUGUUGUCUACUUCUCAGCCCUCCCAUAUGGCUGUGGUCAAACUCUGGAUCCUUCUUCAUUUUCCCACCCUAUCCCCUCUUGAGCCCCAGCUGGGUACCAUUGCUGGUGUGUCCCCAUCACCACAUGCUGCAGUCUUCUUCCUCGUCCUCCCUGGGCCCUCAUCUCCACCAAGAACUAAGCUAGUGACUACAGUGGGACAUACCCUGAAGGGCAGGAGGCCUUGGAGUCUGAACCAGGACUGGUUAUGCCAGUGGAACACCCAGCCUAAAGCAGCUUUCAAAGCACCACAUCCAGUCUUUCAUCCCCCUCAAUAGCUGCCUAAGCUCUCAUUUUCCUACAACUUGGCAGUUUCUGGUCUGUAUGGAAAAAUAAGGCUGGAGGAAACCUCAGGAGGUUGGUGGCUGCUCCCUACCCAAGAGCCGGCUCUGCCAGGCCGUGCCCAUCUCCUUGCUUGCCUGGCCUGUUCCCCAAGCCCCCGGUGGUGGUGCUUCCACUCCCUCCUCUUUGAGUGCUUUCUUGGGAAGUUUUGUACUCAAAUCUCUUUCUGGGAUUUUUUGUUUGGUUGGUUUUUAGGCCUGUUACUGCUUGUCCUGUUCCCAUGGACAUGGAGAACAGGUUAUCUCCUUCCUCUAAGAUCUUUCCCAGUUGCAGAUGAUAGUUGUGUAUCUCUGCAGUUCAGGCUGAGCUGCUCCAUUUUUUUCUCGGUAGCGUCUAGCAGUUUGUGUUCACUCUGCUUCUACCCUGGUACAGCUGAAACCCCUUGGGAGCUCAGCCCAGAAAGCCCUCAAGUCUGUCCCUCAGCCUUAAAAGUACCUGAAUGCUUCUGGGGCUGUGUGUGUCCUGGGCAUUGCCGUGUCUCCAGCUGAAGCCAGGCCCAUGUCAGAGGCAUGCUCAGCCUUCCCUGUAUUCUCCAGUAGUUGCAGAUCCCAGCCCAAACAGGAGCAGAUGGCAUGUAACCCUCAGGUCCUUUCUAGCUGGCUGGUUCCAGUCCUGUGCCCAGGGUUUCCCAGUGCAGUGCCACGUGUGGGUGCUGCUGGCACAGCUGUGCCUGCCACCAGCUUGGGGCUGAGGCAUGCUGUGGUGGUUGGUGGCAGCCCCCACUGCCCUGCAGGCAGCUGCUUGCCCUGCUCUGCUUUCCUUGACCUUCUUUUUUUUUUUUUUUUUUUCUUCUUAUAUUACCUGGACACUAUCCUCUAGGCAUCAAGUCAGGCAGGUGGUUGGGAGAUGUGGUUGUCCCAGUCCCAUGCUUGGCUUGUCAAAUAAAUGCUCUG